UGAUGAAGUAAAAAUACAAAUCAAAACAUAAAUUUAAGAACCAUUCCAGUGGAUAAAAUGAGCAGUAUAUGUUCAGGCAUCCAUGUUCCUGUUGUACAUGUGAGGAGCCAGCAGAGGGCGCUGUUGAUGCGUUCAAUCUUUCCCUCUUCAAUCAGGAGAAAGAGCUUCAUUUCCCAGUCCGUCCGCUGCAGUAACAGCCUGUUUCGUUUCGCUUUGGAUGCGAAAGGACAAUUCAUUCGGGUUUUUUGCGUCGCAUUUGGUGUGAAAGAGCCUUUAGAGUUACGGGUGUGGGCGCAUGACAUCCUAACUCUGAUUGUUUGCACAUGACAGCACACUUUUCCUCAAUAAGACAGUUAUUCUAGUCUGUUGCUCAAACCGUGAGGAAUUUAUAAUAAUAAUAAACAUCAUAUAAGAUAAAAUAAAUAUGUUUUUUUAGUAAAUGCUUGAAAAUAGAGAAAAUAAAUAUGUCCACUGAACUCAACGGAGAUCUCCACGUCACGCGCAGGGAGCCGGUUCACGCGGGCUUCCGGUAUCCACUGUCAAACCGCAGCGAGUCAUGGGAUACGAGUUUUUUUGCUCCAUUUGCGACCUUGGAAAAGCUGUCGAACUAAACUACAUCUCCCACAAAAACGCCUCUCCUCACUCCAAGGAAUCCCCCAUCCUGUCAGAUCCUUCAGCAGAUUACAGCCUCUUCUCCUCUCCAUGUUACUGAGGGGGAGAGGAGCGGAGAGGAGCUGAACGAUCCGCGGUCAUGGAGCAAUAAAGCACAAGCUCCUCUGCCCCUGGAGAACGACACCCUUCAUCACCCGCUCCCGAGCAGGAAUAUAUCAGUGAAGGCGGUCAUGCAGCGCGCGCACGGGGGAGUCUGAAGCGUCUGCCGUUAAAGAUGUCCGCGGAGCAGCAGGAGGAGGUGGAGCGGCUGUCCCGGGAGCUGGCCGAGACCACGCAGGAGAAGAUCCAGGCGGCGGAGUACGGGCUGGCGGUGCUGGAGGAGAAACAGCAGCUCAAGCAGCAGUACGACGAGCUGGAGGCGGAAUAUGAGAGCGUCCGCCAGGAGCUGGAGCAGCUGCGAGAGGCGUUUGGACAGGCGCACUCCAACCACAGGAAGGUGGCGGCUGACGGCGAGAGCCGCGAGGAGACGCUCAUCCAGGAGUCGGCCUGUAAGGAGGCGUAUUACGAGCAGCGCAUGCAAGAGCUGCAGACAGAACUGAGACAAGCACGCAAUAUCCUGACCAAUGCCCAGUCAGAGAACGAACGCCUGGCCACCAUCACUCAGGAGCUGAGAGAGAACAGUCAGAUGGUGGAGCUGCAGAGGUCACGUCUGCGGGACGACAUCAAGGAGUUCAAGAUCCGAGAGGCUCGUCUGCUGCAGGACUACAGCGAGCUGGAGGAGGAGAACAUCACCCUCCAGAAACAUGUUUCUGUCUUAAAGCAGGGCCAGGUUGAGUUUGAGGGUCUAAAACAUGAACUCCGGCGUCUGGAGGAAGACACCCAGUUUCUGAACAGCCAGCUGGAAGAUGCCAUCCGUCUGAAGGAGAUCGCUGAGAGGCAGCUGGGAGAGGCGCUGGAGACCAUCAAGACUGAGAGGGAGCAGAAGGCCGCCUUAAGGAAGGAGUUGUCUCAGUACAUGACCAUCGGGGACUCUAUGUACCACAGUCCUUUGAGCAUCUCCCUCGAUGGGCUGAAGUUUAGCGACGACACCUCGAUCGAGCCCAACAACGACGAACCCCUCCACGUCUAUGAGAACGGCUUCGACAAGAUCGCCAACAACAACGACAACCGUGUGUCCACACCCAAAAAAGGAGAUCUGUUCCAGCCGUCCUCCAGCCUCGUGGACAACCUACUGAACGAACUCAACAUCUCCGAGAUCCAGAAGCUGAAACAACAGCUGCUGCAGGUGGAGCGGGAGAAGGUGACAUUGCUGUCGACCCUGCAGGAAUCUCAGAAGCAGCUGGAACAGGCUCAUGGAGCUCUAUCUGAGCAACACGAGAAGAUCAGCCGCCUCACCGAGAACCUCAGUGCCAUGCGCAAACUCCAGGCCAGCAAAGAGCGCCAGUCCGCUCUGGACAACGAGAAGGAGCGCGACAGCCACGAGGACACCGAAUACUAUGAGGUGGACAUCAACGGCCCCGAGAUCCUGGAGUGCAAGUACAAGGUCGCAGUGUCCGAGGCAAGUCAACUGAAGGAGGAGCUCAAAACGUUAAAGGCGGAACAUUCAGCCUGUCAAUCACAAUACAAGGAGGAGCGGGCGCAGCUGGAGAGCCAGGUAGCAUCUUUGAGCGCGCAGCUCACGUCUCUGGAGCGCAGCAGUCGAGCCGACCGCGAGCAGCUGGCGCGGAUGGAGAAGGAGCUUCGUCAGGCCAGUGAAGUGGCGGGCGAAUCCCAGGGCAGCCUUAACAUCGCGCAAGAUGAGCUCGCCACCUUCAGCGAGGAACUAGCCAACCUGUAUCAUCACGUCUGCAUGUGCAACAACGAGACGCCCAACCGCAUCAUGCUCGAUUACUACCGUGAAGGUAAAGCCGGGAUUAAUGGAACGCAGACCACGGGUUGGUGCAGCCCUGACGGCCGCGGCCGCCGCUCUCCCAUCCUGCUGACCCGUGGCCUCUUCCCCACUGCCGACACCAGCGACGGAGCUUCAUCUCCGGUCUCCUCCAUUCCGUCCCCAGUGGCUGAUCCCCGCAAAGAGCCCAUGAACAUCUACAACCUGGUGGCUAUCAUCCGCGACCAGAUCAGACACCUGCAGCUAGCGGUGGACCGCACCACAGAGCUGUCUCGCCAGCGCAUGGCUUCUCUGGAACUGGGGCUCGGGGCCGACCGGGACCAGGAAGCCAGCGUGGAGGAGAUUCUCAAACUCAAAUCGCUCCUCAGCACCAAGAGGGAGCAGAUAGCCACACUGAGAACCGUCCUAAAGGCCAACAAACAGACCGCUGAAGUGGCGCUGGCCAACCUGAAGAGCAAAUAUGAGAAUGAGAAGGCCAUGGUGACCGAAACCAUGAUGAAGCUUCGCAACGAGCUCAAAGCCCUGAAAGAGGACGCGGCCACCUUCUCCUCACUCAGAGCCAUGUUUGCCACUCGCUGUGACGAGUACGUGACUCAGCUGGACGAGAUGCAGAGGCAGCUGGCAGCCGCGGAGGACGAGAAGAAGACGCUCAACUCUCUCCUCCGCAUGGCCAUUCAGCAGAAGCUGGCGCUCACGCAGCGGCUGGAGGACCUGGAGGUCGGCCACGAGCAGAUCCGCCGCGGCGGAGCCAACGCACGCACCAGAAGCGGCUACUCGCGCAACAAAUCCACCCCGUCCAGCGUGAGUCACUCCCGCGGUGAGACAGACGGAAAUGCGGGAAUGCCGCUGGUGUUCUGCAGCGAGAAGUACAAGAUCUACUGCGACUGAAGCCGCGGCUGUGUUCGCUCAUGUACAAAGCUCAACUCGCGCGCUCUUGCUUGCUCUGUGUCCGUGUGUUUAGGGCUGAAUAGGGUCUGCUAGCGUUCUCAUAGCCAGGUGCAUGUUGUAGAGCUAGCUUAGGGCAGAAUGAUAUAACGUUUAGUCUAAGUGUUUCUGCCUGCGGCACCAAACCGAAUUGCACAGGUUUACGGCACGUCUCUAGAUUAGACGUGCUAGAGAGCUAGCCAUAGGAUUGUUGAACUGUGGUCAAUAGCUGUCCAUCUCUCCUGCCUCUGAAAUCAGCAGCCCGUCCGAUCAGGUGACUCGUGUUUACAUGCCCCAACACACUAGAUAUGCAAACCUCCCCCCUGCCUUGUUGACGCAGGAAAACCCAUUGAAUUGUGCCGUUUUUGUUUUAGCGAGAAAUCAAAACUAGCAUUGACACGACGGGUUGGAGAGUGAGCGUUUUCAGCGAUGUCACUCGCGAGGCAGGCGGGAAACGACGUGCGAUCAUAAAUCGGCCAAUGGGAUUCUGGCUUGCUUUUUCAUAGAUGUCUAUUUCUGAGAGCUUUAACACGUCUUGCGUUUACUGGAGCACACUUGACACACGGUGAUGUCGUGGUGAAGGGCUUGUCACAUGCUCGUAGUGAUGUCAUAAUGCAAGGCUGUUUGUGUAUUUACAGUGCAGAUGAACAUUAGCGAGGCCUUAUCUGUCGUUUCUGUCUUCUGACACCAAUCACAAGAGGCAAACAAAAGAUUUCAGGCUAGUUUUCUGGCUUCAGUAAAACAUUUAUCCUAAAUCAGUGAUGAAUAUGGUUAAUGCUGUUGAUUAAUCAAUCAUAUUCUCCUAGUUAUACUCUUUGCAUUGGUAAUCUGUCAGUAGAUAAUGUAUGAAAUGAAGCUCUCAUCUCCAUAUAGAAGGAAUUCACUCGUGUUUGCGUUGUGAACGCAACUGAAGCGGUCGACGCUGACUAGGGUUUUUCAGACAAACUGAAAUGAAAGCUCAUGAAUUGGGCUUAUAACGGCUUCUCUGAAUCACUAUUUAAAAAGGAGCAGCACACAUUUUCGGAACUUCAAAAUGAAACGUAAAACUCGUUCUCAGCGUGCCUCACCAUUAUUGUCAUUCAUUUUUAAUCGAAUUGAACUGUCACAGAAAAAGACAAACGUCUCAUUUGUCUGGCCUGUCAAACAAUUAAACAACAAAUGGCCCGUGGCUUUUCAGUCAUUCAUUAAUCCAUUAUUUAUAUGAAUCUAUGAAUCAGUUUCACCUUUAUUUCUACAGCGCUUUAUAAGACAGAGAUCGUUUCAAAGCAGCUUCACAGUGAGAAACCGGAAAACGCUUAAAUUCACCAAUUAAAUAAGAAUUAAGUCACUUAAAGCCUUUAUGUAUAAUGCAUUAUUAAGGUAUUCAUAAUGUAUGUUAUAAUGCAUUAUAUCUUUUCAUAAAUAACUGUAACCAAAGUUAAAAUGCAUUAUAAUACUUGCAGAUUCCUUGUUAGGGGUCAAGCACUGAAGGUGUGUAGGAACCUAUAGUAAUGGUUGGUGUUGUUCUUCUUCUUCCAUGGCAGCCCAGAGAACCGCUUGUGGAAAAGUUAUGAAAUUUGGCACAAACUCAAACCCUCUAGCGCCACCAACUGUCCAAAGUUGGAAUUUUUUUUGCCAUUUUGAAUUUUCCAAAAAAAAAAAAGAGUGACUUUCAAACUCCUUGGCCGUUUUUCCCAUUUUAAUGAAAAUGAUUGAACCAGUUCAACUUCAGACCAUAGCGAAAAAAGUUAUGGAAUUCAAGUUGGUUCGUCAAACCAUUCUCGAAUAACGUGUGAACAAUUUCGACAAAGAGCACGUCAAAAUGAACAUGGGCUAUAUCUCUGCCACGCUUUAGCUGAGGCUACCUGCACAGUUUGAAAAAUUAACAGUUUUGCUUAUAACUUCUGAACUGGUCUGGUUAGAUUCGGUGCAGCAUGCUGAGUCAUAUGAUACCCAUAUCAGCCAUUUUGGGCAACAGCCAUUUUGAAUUUUGUCAUAAAAUGUUAUAUUUUACGAACACAUUGGCCUAACAUUAUGAAACUUGGUAUGUGUCUUCAGACCCAUGCCCUGAUGGUACUCAAAAAGUUUCAGGGCAGCGCCACCUUGUGGUUGAAAGUUAUAAUGAAAUUUCCAAAAAUGCUAAUAACUUCUGACCACACCACAUCAAUUUAAUCACAGCACCACCUAUAGUAAAAAUAAACCAUUAAAUCUUUAUUAUCAGUGACAAUAUUUAUGAUUUUUUUCAGCAAUUUUGCCUAAAUUCAUAUUAAAGUCUUUAAUUGUUAAUUGUUGCAGUUGGUCUGAUGUUCCCAGGAAUGACAGCGUGACUGAUCAUGUUCUUUGUGCUUAGCUUUGAUAAUUGCUGCUUGCAGCUAUAUUUUCAUCUGAAAUUGGUUAUUUGUCAUGAGUUUUAAUGCAUUAGGCUUUCUAUAGGUGUAACAGUAAGUAUUAUAAUGUGGUUACAGUUAUUCAUGAGCUCAUAAACUGCAUUAUAAGGUGCAUAAUUAAUGCAUUAAAAUCAAAGGACUUUAAGUAAAAAUACUUUUAUGCUGCAUUAUAAUAUGUAAAGGCUUUAAGUAAAGUGUUACCAAAAUCAGCGAUUAAAUGAUUUGAUAGUUGGGUCUUCGGCUGGCCGAGAGAAGUUAGUUUUCUGUGUUUUUACCUUUUACAAGGCAUUGACAAACUGCAUGCUGGGAUUGGUUUGAGAUUUUCAGUGCUUUGAGAAACUCUGGCUUCCUGCUGAUCUUCACACUAACUUCUCGUAACACGGGCUGUUCGCUCUGGGUGACUAACAGCUUUUCCAUUGAGCGCCUCUUGAGCAGACGCAAACGCUGUGUACAUUAAACCAUAAUCUAACUGCUGUUGUUUCUUUGUUUUUAAUUUGCAGUAAAGUUCAGCUGGGAACCACACAUCCCUCCACUGCCUACAAAUCCACAGUAACGUUUCUUGGACUUAAGAGAGAAAUACUGGAUGGCGUGUGUUUUAUUUUUUUAGUAAUCUUUGGAAACUCACAGCUUUUAUGGUAUUUUCACAUUGUACACUCGGCAGACGAGCAGGAUAUAUAAAGCACAUUCAGGGUUGUUUUUACACACAGGAAGCCAGAGCUCAAAGAGUCAUGAAAACUUUAAUGCUUUUGAUUGAUUGAGACAAUUUCAGUCAAAAGAAAAGAAAACGGCUCAUGUCGAAACGUUCAUCUGUGUUUUGAGAUUUUAAACCUCUACUUUUUUAAUAUAAAGUUAUAUUGAUUUUGUUAUGUCAGUCUAUAGUUUGAGGUGUUCUGGUUCAGUCGAUUCACUUAUUAUUUUACACUACUGUUUUAAGAGUGUCGGAUUUCUUUAUGUGCGCAGCAUCAUAACUCUCCUGGGCUUUAUGAAAGGAAUCUGUAGGAUUAUUACUGAAAUGUUAUGCUUCUCACAUUCAUUUUAUAGCCUUGUUUUAAACAAAACCACAGGCGGUCAGAUGCUGGGCUUUUAUCUAUUUAUUAUUAUUUUCUCAAUAUAGGAACAAAUAAAAAUGUUACGUUGUGGCUUAAUCUGAUCGGAAGUAAAACCAGCCGACCGAUAACUAAACUGAAUGAACUUUUUGUUACGCCUCAGAAUCAACAAUACAGCAUUUAUUAAUCCAGGUUCAUUUCUUUAUGUAUGAAUACAUUUUCAAGUAAAUGUAUUAUGAACGAACAUGUGAGCAACAGUAUAUUCAAAUAUGAACCUGGAUGAGUUAAGUUAACGUACACCGUUAUAGUAAAGUGUUUUCUUAAUUUCAAGCACCUUCGCUCAAGCUUUACGCGGAUCACUGACCUUCUGCAUUCUGUACAAGAGCAAAUGAAUUAAUUCCAAAUUGGAAUGCUGUAAUUCUCUCUAUCUCUAUUGUGCCAAGUGUCGGUACAGCGUUCGGGUCGUUCAGAGGAUCAGAAGCUCUUCCUGCUCUACCUUCCCUCCGUUUGGAUUGUUUUUCCUUUAUGAUCUUCAUUCUGACCAUUAGUGCCUUUGUGUUCCUUCAAGAGAGAAUCCUAGUUAGCGUUUAGUUGUCGUAUUUUAUUUUUCUCACUCCUUAAGGAAGAACAGCGGAUGGCUUGUUUUAAACUUAGCAGCAGCAAUAAGUACAGAAGACAUUCAUUCUGUUUUCUAGGGUGUGGAAAUACGAAUUAUUAGAGAAAUGAAACAGAUUGUGCUGAAUUCGUCAGGUCAGUGAUCUUAAUUGCAAAUUCAGGGGUUUUAGAAAAACAUUAUUUUUCGUAAUUCGCCAGAAUUAUCAUUCUUUUGCCUCGAUAUGAACAAAAACUCAGAGACACGGAAGCAGUGUGUGUUCUGCUGUCGUGUUAUUGGUGAGGUAGGAGGUCAUGUGAUAUUGAUAGUAUUGUUAACAGUUGUGAGAAAGCUCGUGUCUCUUUCUGUCCAAUUGUUUUAUUUUAUUUUUUGUUUUUUUUAUUAAACAUUUUUGACAUGGUUAUAUGAGCAUUACAAUUUCAGGAAACAGAAAACAUGCUGCAUCAACAAGCAAAUGCUGCCAUGAAAGUCACAUUUUGUUUGUUGAGGCGUAAAAUUAAUAAAUACAGUCGGCGAGUGAGGAAAAACUAAAUUAAGUGCAAUUACAAGAACAAAAAAGUUAUGUGGUGAAUAAGGUUUUCUGUUUGCUGGAAGUGAUGGCAUUGUGAUAUAUUACACUAGCUGUGGAAGCUUAUUAUUAUUGUGUUCCAGUAUUGAUCUAUAAGGAUCUAUAAGUUUGAUACCUUUAUAUAAAAUAACAUUCAUUUGUUUGUAUUCAUUUGAAUUGUUGAACUUUAUAAUGUGCAUUAUUAUGUCAAAUGCAUGUUCCUCUCGGCUAUGAGACUUGUACACAGAACUGAAAACAAACUUACAGCUCCAAAAGACUAAAACAGUUUAGUUUUGAAUUGGUCUCUGAGUCCUGAACUAACCGAGUUAAAGGAUUGUUUUACUCUGUGUGGAGGUUUUCAUGCUGGUGAAGUCAGUAAAUGCAAAUAAAAAGUCACUCAGA